AGCACUUUAUGGAUUCGAUCAGUGGUGGCUGCGAAGUGACGUGUGAUAUAUGUGACAUUUCCAAAACUGUUAUAUGACCUUUAUAUCACAGGGCCUUUGAAAUCCCCCCCCCCACAGUGAACAAAAAGGAGUGCACAGGUCAAAAGGAAAGUCAGGAGUGUCUCUGACCAGACUCUCCUGUAUUCUCUGAUAUUAUCUGCUCUUUGGACCAAGCAUUGCACAGCUGUUUGUUUUUCUUGCUGCUCCUUUUGGUGUUGAUUACAUCUGUGUAGUAAGACUUUCUGCAGAUUCUUCAGCCAGAAGGUUAUGUCAGGAAAGAUGUGCAGCAGUAGCAGCGUUGUUCAGGCACAAAAACUGGUGGAUCAACUUCGGCUGGAGGCAAGCAUGGAAAGAAUCAAGAUUUCUCUGACAGCAGCAGAUUUGGUUCAGUACUGUCAGGAUCACAAGCGCAGUGACCCCCUGCUCACUGGUAUCGCUGCUUCAUCCAAUCCAUUCAAAGAUAAGAAGACCUGUGUGCUUCUGUAAUAGUACUGAGUGGAGAUAACCACUUAUUAAUGACUACUGUAUAACAGAUUGAUGUGUGUUUAUACAUAUACUUUAUAUUAUCCAUGGAUAAUGAGAUCAAACCUCUGGAGUCAGAAAUUGUUUUCUUUGCUCUGCCAACAUGAAAAAGUAGACGAAAUGCAACAUAUGUGAUAAAGAAAGAUGGGAUUUAUGUAAACCAUUUGCUUUCAACCUGUUUUAUCUUAAAGUGUUAAAUAUUACCACUUUGUGAUAAUAAAAUUAAUUCAAAUGUCUCCUAAUUUCUUUUCAUCUUGAGUCAGUUUGGAUUGUUAUCAGCUGAGUGUGUUGAA